GAUAUUACAAUACAGAAUUUUAUUCUUUGGUUUCCAGACUGGCAAUGUCUCGUGAGCGGCUACCCCUCAUUGGUUCUCCUGGGAGCAAAACAAGAGUCAAACCACCUUUCCCCUCCCCUGCUCUCCAUCGCCCCCACCAGGCAAAUCGCAGAAAAUUCUACCAACAGCAGCAGACGUCCUCCUCCUCUCACCCUCAUCAUGGCCCAUCUUCCACCCUUCUGUCAGACACCAGCAUGACUCCUUGGGAAGGCAUGGCUCUUUCUGAAUCCUCCUUUACUACUAUUCCCCCAACACUUCCUCCACGGCCCCCUCCACCUUCGCCCCCUCCUCCUAAGCCAACACCAUCCACCCCUUGUCAUAGAAAACAAGAGGAAGGUGAAAAGAUCUCCGGUACAAGCUUCAGCUCUGAAAUGCCAUCUCCAUCCCUGGUGGUCCCUCAGAACAAUGCAGGUGGAGUAAGAAAAGGGCUGCGAACAAGGAAAAGGGUGUUACCACAGCAUCGGGUUCCUCGCCCUGCCCGUCUACCACCUCUGAGUCCAAUCACCAACCUCAGUUUCUCUCGAAGCUUUACCUUUUCGUUUUUUGAGCUGCCGCUGCACCAGUCUCCUCACUGCCGUGCAGAACGCAUAAGAAACCUCUUCCUGCUUUUAAAACAGAUACACUACUGAGGACUGCCUCAUUACUGUAGAUUUUUACAUUUGUAAGGGAAUCAUUGUCAAAUUAACCAUGGUGCAGUAGGAGAAG